AUGAAAGGUACUGUGCACUACGAACAGCGCGGCAACAUUGCGCUUCUGACCAUUGACAACCCACCGGUUAACCCGCUGUCCUCAGGCGUGCGGCAGGGACUGUCCGAUGGUAUCGCCAAGGCUCUGGCAGACGACAGCGUAGAGGCGAUUGUGCUCACCGGCGCAGGCCGCGCUUUCAUCGCUGGGGCAGACAUUUCCGAAUUUGGCGGCGCUGCACAGGGUCCCAGCCUGCACGAUUGUCUUGCAAGCAUGGACAACAGCACCAAGCCCAUUGUUGCUGCAAUCAACGGAACUGCCUUUGGCGGCGGUCUUGAAGUUGCAUUGUGUUGCCAUUACCGCGUCAUCGCCCCUACGGCACCGGUUGGUCUACCUGAGGUGAAGCUGGGUCUGUUACCUGGCGCUGGCGGCACACAACGCCUACCCCGCCUCAUCGGCGCGGAAAAAGCCCUCAACUUUAUUCUUUCCGGCGAUCCCAUCCCCGGCCCCGCGGCGAAAGAACUCGGCAUUGCAGACAGUGUGGCUGACGGCGACAUCGUCGACGCAGGUAUCGCUUUUGCCCAGGAUAUUAUCGCUAAAGGCAGUCCCAUCCGCAGAAUACGUGAUGAAUCAGAAUUGCUGGUAGCCGAUCGCGACAACGCUGAGCUGUUCGACAACGCACGCAAAACAUCAGCGCGCAGAAUGCGCAAACGUUUUGCACCUGAAAUGAUUAUUCAGUGUGUCGAGGCGGCGGUUAAUCUGGGCGAUUUUGACGCCGGCAUGAAAGUUGAAGCUGAAUGUUUUGCGAAGUGUUUAAAACACCCUCAACGCGAAGCACUUAUCCACAUGUUUUUUGCAGAACGCGAAGUUGCAAAAAUACCGGAUGUACCCAAAGACACGCCUACCCAGGAAAUCAACCAGGCCGGCGUCAUCGGUUGCGGCACCAUGGGUGGCGGUAUCACCAUGUCUUUCCUGAACGUCGGUAUCCCCGUCACGGUGCUGGAAGUUGAUCAGGAAGCUUUGGAUCGCGGUAUUGGCGUGAUCAAGCGGAAUUACGAUAUCCAGGUACAGCGCGGCCGCAUGACCUCUGAUGAAGUAGAUCAGCGCAUGGGCAUUCUGACUGGUACUACCGAAUACUCCGGGCUCGCUCAGGCUGACGUCAUCAUCGAAGCGAUUUACGAAAACAUCGAUGUGAAAGUAGACACUUUCAAAAAAAUGGAAGCCGUGGCUAAACCAGGCGCCAUCCUCGCCAGUAAUACCUCCGGUCUUGAUAUUGACAAGAUGGCCAACGCUACUACGCGCCCUGAAGCGGUUAUCGGACUGCAUUUCUUCAGUCCGGCUAACGUCAUGCGUUUGUUGGAAGUAGUACGUGGUGAAGCGACCAGUAAAGAAACCAUAGCCACCUCCAUGAAGCUGGGCAAACGACUGAAUAAAGUCGCGGUUCUGUCCGGCAAUGCACCAGGUUUUAUCGGCAAUCGAAUGCUGGCUGGCUACACCCGUCAAGCAGGUGAAAUCAUCCUUCAGGGUGCUACACCCUAUCAGGUUGAUAACGUCAUCCUGGGCUUUGGUAUGCCCAUGGGGCCCUUCCAGAUGAACGACCUUGUCGGGCUCGACCUUGGUUGGCGCGCACGAAAACUGGGCGGUGUGAAGCCUGAGGAUGUGCCUAUCACUGCGCGGGUGGCUGACAAGCUGUGUGAACUGGAACGGUUUGGCCAGAAGACCAACAGAGGCUUCUACAUCUAUCCAGAAGGCAGUCGCGCAGGCACCCCGGACCCGGAGGUUGUCGCCAUCGUUGAAGAAACGUCUGCAGAGUUAGGCAUCACCCGUCGUGAAAUUUCAGAUGAAGAGGUGUUGAAACGUUGCCUUUAUCCGCUGAUCAACGAAGGCGCUCGAAUACUCGAAGACGGCAUCGCGAUACGCCCAUGUGACAUCGAUAUUGUUUAUAUCAAUGGCUACGGCUUUCCAGAAGUGACCGGCGGCCCAAUGUUCUGGGCAGACCAGAUAGGUCUGGAAAAUAUCCUGGCGGAUAUCAAAAAUUUCCAGAGCGAAUAUGGUGGCGACAUCUGGCAACCUGCUCCACUGCUCGAAAAGCUGGCCUUCGAACAGCAGUUUCCUGUUUCGUUUCGGACAGGCUUCAGCUGCCUGCUGGUCACGCUGCUUACAGUCGUGACCGGAUGGGCACAUGCACAUGGUGUCGCCGACGGCGAUGCCAUUUUUCUGCAGAGUCAACAGGGGUUCCAGUUCUGGCCCUACUUCUAUCUCGGCGCAAAACACAUGGUGACAGGCUACGACCACCUCCUGUUUCUCGCCGGGGUAAUCUUUUUUCUCUAUAAAAUACGCGAGAUUACGGUUUAUGUGACCUUGUUUGCCAUUGGGCACAGCCUGACGCUGAUUGCCGGUGUCUGGUUCGAAAUACCGGCAAACGCCUAUCUGAUCGAUGCCAUAAUUGGCCUAUCUGUGGUCUAUAAAGCAUUCGAAAACCUCGGCGGUUUCGACAAACUGGGCUGGCGCAUCAACACCAAAGUGGCGGUAUGGGUGUUUGGCCUGUUUCACGGCUUUGGCCUUGCUACAAAACUACAGGCGCUGACGCUUUCUGAAGAGGGUUUACUCGGUAAUCUGCUGGCCUUCAACCUUGGUGUGGAAGCUGGCCAGCUGACCGCCUUAGUCGGCAUCGUUGCGUUAAUGAAUCUGCUAUUGUAG